CACGUGCAGGGUGACAUCGGUGUGACACCAGGCACACGCAGGGUGACGCUGGUGUCCCUCUGGGCCGAGCAGAGUGGCACUGGUGUUGCUCUGGUCCUGUGCAGGGUGACACUGGUACCACGCAGCACCAGAACCUCUCUGGUCCUAUGGGGUGCCCCUCUCCUGGCCCUGCUCCCAGCCCGCCCUGCCUGGGUCCCAUCAGUGCCCGAGAGCUCCGACUUCAUCGUGGUCAACAAGCACUGGGACAUCCGCAUCGACAGCAAGAUGUGGUACGAGACCCUGACCCUGCAGAGCCAGCUCCGGCACCGCUUCCCCGAGCUCGCCGACCCCGACACCUACUACGGCUUCAGGUUCUGCCACCAGCUGGAUUUCUCCACCAGUGGGGCCCUGUGUGUGGCUCUCAACAAGGCGGCGGCGGGAAACGCCUACAAGUGUUUCAAGGAGCGCCUGGUGACCAAAGCCUACCUGGCCCUGGUGAGGGGCCACGUCAGCCAGAGCCGGAUGACGAUCCGCUACGCCAUCGGGAAGAACACCACGGAGGGCAGGACCCACAUGAUGUGCAUCGACGGCACAGAGGGCUGUGAAAAUCCCAAGCCUUGCCAGUCGGAGCUGAUCGUGCUGGAGCACGGAUCCUACAGCGGAGACCCCGUGACCAAAGUGCUGCUGCAGCCCCUGACAGGGCGGACUCACCAGCUGCGGGUUCACUGCAGCGCCAUCGGCCACCCCAUCGUGGGGGACUUCACGUACAGCCUGGGCCAGGACAGCAGGCCCUACAGGAUGAUGCUCCACGCCUACUACCUGCGCAUCCCCACGCGCGGCGAGCUCAUCGAGGUGCGCGCGCCCGACCCCUUCGUCCCCGCCAUGGACGGCAACUGGGAGCCCCAGCGCGUCACCCGCCGGCUGGAGGACACCAUCCAGGAGCUCAAGGACAAGGUGACGCAGGAGGAGCAGGAGCAGCAGGGCCAGGAGGCCGUGGGUGGUGGUGCCGAGGAGGAGCAGCCCCGGAGCGAAGCCGGCAGCGCGGAGCCGGAGGAGCGGCGGGCGCGGUGCCAGCAGUGGUUGGCAGAGUGGGCUCUGGAGUGAGCACGAGCCGUGGCCCUGCCUUUCCUGCUCCAUCCUUGUCCCAGUGGGUCCCCUCGGUGCCCAGCGCUGACUCCACGCCUGCCCUUCCCGUAUGCCAAGGCUUCCCUCGCUCACCGGGCUGCAUUAGGCAGAUUGAUCAGCGAUUGGGGGGGGUUGGUUUUUAGUGUCCAUCACCCAUCUGGCCAUGGGAUGCCCCUUCCCCACUUCUGGGCCUCAGCAGCAGGGCCAGAGUCACACACCAGCUUAGAGUGACCCCAAAGCUUUCCCUGCCUGUCCUGGGGCUCGGGCCCAGCCGGGGCAGCACAGACACUGCCACUGCCGUGGGCAUUCCCAGCAGCCCUCCGUGCGUGGAUGCUGAAGGGCAGCCCAGCACAGGGAGGGCAGGACAUCCCUGUCCCCCAUUCCCUUCAGUCCAGCUGCUGCACUCACUGGCACACGUGUGGGAGGUGGGACACUGUGGGGCUGGAGCAGAGGCUGGGGGCACCGACAGCCCCCCAGUUUUGGGGGUGCUCCAGGUGUUUGGCCCACGGAGAUGGGCUGGGAUGGGCACAGGAGACGUCCCUGCCUGCCACCAAAGUGCUGCCCAUCCCUGCCCCACGCUCCCAUCCUCCCUCAGCCCUCCCAUGGGGUUUUUAGAGGUUUGGUGAAGGUGAGAGGGUUUUUAAACCUUUUUCAAUUUUCUAGGGGAAGAGUCUAGUCUUUUAGGGGUUGGAAAAUACGGGUGGUCUCAGAAAUGAGGUAUUUUUAGUAUUCCUGUGGUUGGAGAGCCAGCAGCCCAAAGCUUUUUUUAAUGGAUUUUAUUAUUCCUUCUACUGGCAUUGCCUUUCCUGCUUUUAUCCUGGAUGUGGGGGGUGUAACCCCUGCUGAGACAGGUCAGAGGACUCGAGCCCCUUGCUGCUUACCCAGAUGAGUCCUGGUUCCUGAUCCCGUGGUGUGGCUCCUGAUCCCAUGGUGUGGCUCCUGGUUUCCACAGGGUGCCAGAGGCAGGUCCUUUGGGUGAACACUUUGGGAAGGCUCUGGAGCAGUAGGAGAUGGAUGAAGCUGAAAGAAAGGCUGAUGUGGUGGCUCAGCUCUGCUGGCGCUCAGCUUUGCAAGAUUCCAAGGAGAGUUUGUUUCUCUGGAAGUGCCCUUGCUUUGCUGGUCAUCCUGCUUUGCUUUGCCUUUCCCACCCUGCUCGUCCUCUCCAGCCCACGGAGGACAUUUGGGAAUGAGAACAGGACAGCUGGGCAGGGACAGAGGGGCUGGAGCCCACUGCACACACAGCCCCACCCCAUGGAAAAUGCACCUGGCAGGGGUUUCACACAGCUGAGAUUCCCACUCUGAGGGGGAAUAAAAUGUCACAGCCCUCUCCCCGUGGGUGAACACACCCUGCAGGUCACCAAAAUCCCCGGGGGAAUUGCAUCACCCAUCCCUUGUGUCCCUGGGUGUGAGUUCACUGUGCUUUUGUGGCUUGGUGCCACCACUGCAGGGGGGGAUGCUCUGAGGGGCCAGCCCUGGGCUCCUGAGCUGGUGGCAGAGGGCUCAGGGUGGGUUGGAGGAGCAGGAGACCCAUCUCCCUCCUCCCAAGCCCCCUCCCUGCCCAUCCCACGUCCCAGGAGUGGCCGGGAAGGGAGAGGCAGCCGCGGGCAGGUCCCGGAGCUGUAAAUUACCCUCAUCAGCCUGUUUGCCAAAGAAUGAAAGGGGGGGUGACGUGCGCGGGAGGUGCUGAAAAGUGCCACGGGAGAUUUGCGUGUCACAGGUGGGACGCAGCCUGCCCUUCCCGCGGGGCUAGCUGGGAAUGUCCGGGAUGGGGUGGAUCACCGGGCUGGGACGUGGGGACACCGAUGGCCCAUCCCUGCUGGGGGCUGUGUCAAGGACACCCCCCCCUCCUCCCCAGCACCCAUCGGCCUUCGUGUGCUGCACUUUUACCCAACACCACAGACAUAAAUAGGUGUUUUCCUUACCCUGCGGAGAGUGUUUUCCAGGUGCCCUUCCCGGCAUCCCGCCCUGCUCCCUCCUCUGUGCCGGCACUGCCUCGGGGCAUUGGCUGCGAAUCCCCCCGCGCUGGGGCGCGUGUUGUGAUGUUCUGUACACGUGGCGGUCCCCGUGUUGUUGCCCCUCACUGUAUUAAACGUGUCUCUGCUCUCCA